GAUGGCAUUUGUGUGUUGUUCGCCAGAUUGUUGCUGAAACGGAGAAAGAAAGAAAGAAAAAAAAUUGACUCAUCGACGCAUGAUGACGAAAACAUUUGAUACGAAAACCCAGAGAUAAUUGCAUCAAAAUAAAGCAAUUUCGUGUGCAAAGGCACAGAAACCAUCGAGCAGUGAAUUUUCAAAGAAAUACGGCGGUGUCAUCACCGAUCGAUUCAUACGACAGAGUACAUUGAAGGAAAUUGAAGAGCUAAAAUUGUCAGUGGCCAAGUUAAAAUUACCCAACGAACAUACACCGAGAAUAUAAACAAAGAACGAAAGAAAAUACCACAUUCAACAUGUCGUCAGCUGCAGAUAAAAUCAAAAAUUUCUUCAAGAAAAAGAAAAAUGAGGCCAAAUUCAAGUUGGCCGGACCGGGUCGCCGUCUUGAUGGCACUAAUGCACCAAGCACAUCCAAAUCAACCAAAGCACAAAGUGAUGUUUAUGUCCCACCACAACGCAAAGAGCUCACAUCUGAGGCUAAAACGGCCGCCGAGGCAGCCGUGGCACGAAUCCAAUCUCAAAAGAAGGAUGACACGCAUUUUAAUACGUCGUUGGCUGCGAUUCGAGCGCAAGUGCAACGAGAAUUAGAGGCUGAACGCAAAACCAAAACCGAAAUCGAGAAGCAAAUUAGUCAAGAGCAACCACAACCAAAAGUACUGGACGAUGGACACAACCGUCAUUUGGCGGCACAAGGCGUUUAUUUCCGAUGUCCAAUGGUUAGCGAUGAAGUAUUGCCGCGUAACGAAUGGAAAAUAAAGAUUAAGGAGUUUUUGUACGAACAAUUGGCUGUUGAACGUGGCCUCACAUCAUGCCUAAUCAUACUCAAUUGUAAUACAAAAGAGAAAUCGGCCGCUUGCAUUGAAACACUCACCAAAUAUCUACAAAAUAUAAUUCAACAUCCGGACGAAGAAAAGUAUCGCAAGAUACGCCAAUCGAAUCGAAUAUUCGGCGAUAAAGUGUUGUCGUGCGAGGGUGCACUGGACUUUUUACUUGCCGCCGGUUUUACCGAACAAACCAUUGAUGAUGAGCAAUUUUUCAUCUAUUCCGAUGAACAUAAUCCAGACGGUGCCGACGCACUCAAUGAACUACUUGAAGCGUUGCAACAUUCCGAAAUUAUACCAUUGGAAUUGGAUCGGAAUAUACAGGUGUUGUUGCCGUCACAGACGAAAAAAUCAGAAUUACCGCCCGAUUUCUAUCGCAUCUCGCCCGAGGAGCUCAAGAGAGAACAACAGCUGCGAACGGAAGCUCUUGAGAAUGCGUCCAUACUUAAAACGAAAGCAAUGCGCGAACGUGAAGAAUUGCGAUACAUUCAACGGUAUAAAUUUGCAUUAGUUCGCGUUCGAUUUCCCGACGGCGUCUAUCUACAAGGCACAUUCUCUGUGUACGAAAAACUCGAUCAGAUCUAUGCAUUUGUUCAAUCGUGCCUGAAAAAUGAAGCACUCGAUUUCAAGCUCAUGUCACCCAUUGGCACCAAAUGGGAUGAUGAUGACAUGAACAAAACUCUAUUCGAUCUUAGGCUUGUACCAAAUACAAUUCUUACCUUUGUUGCUUGUGAAAAUGAGGAAAACAUUGGGGGCAACUAUUUGAAAGAGGACCUGUUAAUGUUAAUCCAGCCAGUUUAAAUGCGGCAACACACAAUAUUGAAGUGAAAGCAACACGUUAUUUGUUUUAAUUGAUUUUGAAGAUGAGAAAAAAAAUAUUUCUAAUUUAUUGUCAAAUUUAAAAAGGAAACAACUAAUAAUUGUACUUUAAAAUCGCUUUUCGAAUCCCAAUUUAUCCAAAUGAAUUCCAUACACUUACUUACCCAUCACAUGGAAAAUAAACAGAACAUUUUAUAUUUAUAUGAAAUACACAA